AUGAUUGAUGCCAAGUCAAUCAUCAAAUCGGACGGUGGUGAACAACGCGAGAAGAAAGGAGAUGCCACAAAACAGCGAAGAUCCGAAUUUCAACUACCACGUCCAGAAGGAAUGCAAAGAGAGCUCUACAAUCUUCUGACGGCUACCAACGCAGGAAAACUUAAAUUGGAUGCAAUCAUAUCGUCACGCACAAAAGAUGGCGUUCGAUUGGCCAAGUUACAGAUGGGAAAACGGCCGGCUAGACGAUGGCUCUGGACUCCAUUCGACAAUCAAGCACGUGAAGAUGGAUUGAAGCUUUCCCAUUGGAUGAGAGAAGAUCGGAUAAAUCCUUCACAACCAUACGUUUUCGCCAAGUUUAAUAAGAAAUUUGAAGUCCCAUCUUUUAACGAUGAUGAAUAUGAGGAGCAUUUGCGGAUGGCCGAUUGGACAAAAGAAGAAACCCGUUACUUGUUCGAAGUUUGCCAACAAUUUGAUUUGAGAUGGCCCAUUGUAUACGACCGUUACGAUCAAACAAAAUUUGGGCAAAGAAGAUCGAUGGAGGAUUUGAAAGAACGCUAUUAUGCUGUCGUUUUUGAAUUGUCUAUGCAACGAGAAUCAGCUUAUGAGCCAAUGGGUUACGAUGCCGAACACGAACGGAAAAGAAAAGAACAAUUGACAAAGUUAUGGGAUCGGACACCAGAAGAGUGGGAAGAAGAGGAACAACUGAUUGCUGAGCUCGAACGAAUUGAAGUACGAAAAAGAGAACGAGAACGCAAGGCUCAGGAUUUACAAAAGUUGAUCAGCAUGACGGAUAUGUCUCCUGCAAGCCCCUCAGGAAGUGCUGCAUCAACUUCCCUCAAGAAAGGACAAAUUCGUCAAAAGCUUGGUUUAUCAUCGAGCGCCUCCAUGUCAUCUAGCUUUAAUCCGGAAGUUUCCGUCACACAGCUUCGCUUCAGUGAAUUCCGGGGUUCUGGUGCUCAUCUUCGAAGCCAGGAGAUGAAAUUGCCAACUAAUAUCGGGCUGAAAAAGUUGAAGAAUAUCGAAACGGUGAUUGACAAGAUGAAAUUGGAAAUGAAUCCAAUGGGCGCCGAAGAUAUUGUGACAGCGUAUAAUGAUUUCCGAUCCGAUAUUGUGCUUUUGCAGGAACUCAAAGCGACUCUACAAACGGCUGAAUUCGAUUUGGAAAGCCUUCGUACAAGAUAUCAGCAACAAGGCGGACAGCCAUUCGAAAUCGAGCCCCGUAUGCGUGUGUCAAUUCUUCCGGAAGGUGGCCUUUCAUCGGCUUUCUUGGAGGGUCCAGGGGCGCCCACGAGCAGCCGUCGUAUCUCAAGUUAUCUCGAAUUGCUCAGCAAAACGGAUGCUCUCAAUAAUCCGCGAAAACGAAAAGCUCCACCGCCGCCAGGAACGAUUACCCCGUCAAGUUCAACGCCCGAUCUCAAGCGAACGCGUAAAUCAGUCCUG